AUGGAAGAACGUCAACGGCAAAAGCGUAGACUUUCAUCAGCUAACAUUCGAACAAAUGACACAUCGAUGAUGAUGAUGGUGACAUCUAAAAGUAGUCAUAAAUUACACGGUUAUAAAGGACCGUUAUGUUUUACGUCACCGGAAGAUCCGGAUCGUAUAUCACCGACUACGGCUUCCGCAUCAACCGUUACAACAGUUAUAACAUCACAGUAUAAUGAAAGUUCAUCAGAGGAAGAUAUUAAUAAAUCAACAUACAAUCCAUCAACAACUACAACAUUUGUCCCAAAUAGCACAAGUGCGACAUUUGAGCCAGACGAUGAACCAUUGGUAGAACCAUGGAAAGAUGAAAUUGAAGAAAAUGUUUUACCAUUUAAUGGUUGA